AUGUCAGACACAGAACAAGAUCUGCUGGUGGCUCUGGACGCCACAAUUGAGGCCCACGAGCUCGAAAAAGUGCUUGCUGUCUUCGACUCCGCUGCCAAAGAAGCAAAGCAAACGGGUGACUUCUUAUCGUACUCAACCAUCUUGGACAUGUACUUGAGCGAGCCUGAACGGUUUCGUUUCGAAGAAAGAGACCAGCUUUUAGGACACUUGCUCAAGAUAUUGGAAAAAGACCAUGCCUUGGUCUAUGAGAUUGGUUGGGACUUGCCCGCACUUUUACUUCCCUUUCUCGAGUCUGACUACCAGUUCAACGGGUCUCUUCGCGAGGCCCCUUGCGUUUAUAGGGUGUUGAAACUUUUUGAGGUUUUGGCUCGCCACGGAAAUCCGAAGGAGUUAUUUCUCAAGAGCACGGAGUUGUUGAGCACUUUACUGGAGAAAGACGCCACCACUGACGAUGCGUUCCGCCAGAAAAAGUUCUACGACGUGAAACUUUACUGUCUUUUUGAGUUGAUCGACAGCUGCUUGCGCAGAAUCCAUACGCUCUACCCUUCGAGGUUUUUGGGAAUGACGGUCGCCAGCUUCAUCAAUUCGUUGUAUGUGAACCCAAUUCACUCCGUUGAUGAGAUGGAUUUCAGGUGGAAACGUGUCUACAGCUUUGCCAGAAACUAUCACAGACCGCCGCUUCCCGAAAAAAUUGAGAUAUCUCCCGAAGAGCUCGAAAAAAUCAAUGAAGACGAGGACUUCUUGCAACGCAAGUUGCUCACUGGAUUUGUCACCGAGGCCGUCAGUAUGGCCACCAAAAAUGCCUUGAUCGGCUACUCUACGGAUUUAUUCAACCAUAUACUGCGUUUGUAUAAGACAGCGCCGCUCAAUAACUUCAGUAUUGAGCUACCUGUACUUGAUCGCCUCUACGAGCUUGCUUUGUCUUUUGACAUUGAUAUCACAGGAACUUUCAAGCGCUUUCUUUCUGAUAGCCGUAGCUUAAUUGACGCCCUGGAAUUGGAAGGUGAUUUUGACGAUGACAAACAUGGACACUUGUUUGAGAAGCUACUUGUCAGCUACCAGAAGGAUGUUGCAACCGCUUUGGUGGCUAACGAUGCUAAAACUGUGCAAGACUCCAUCGCAGGCAUCUUGAUACUUUUUACUCACUCUGUUGGACCAUCAAGAAAUUUGAAGAAGGUGAAAGUGACAAUCGAAGACGCCGUGGCACUAACGCUCCGUCUAGUUGUACCAGGGAUGGUACAUGAUUCGUACGUUCACCAUACCCUAGGGGAUAUAGCUGUGUUUUGGUCCUGGUACUCAGUUGUUCAGGGCAGCACAGAAAAGCUCAGUCUUGCGCUAGAAAUCUCAAAGAUUCCAAAGCUCUUGCUUCAAGCGUACUUCCAAGCAUUGUUAUUCAUUUUGAUAUCAAGUCGUACUAUGCCCAACUUGAGGUUUGUAACGCUAACGCUUCUCACAAAGCUACUCGCAUACGCCCCAGAAGACACUUCUUAUGAUUUCUUGAUGGACUCAUUUAAGAACUGUCCGUACGAGAAUCUCAAAACAGCUUUGGUUGGUGUGUUCAAAGAGUUGACCACUAAAGAGAAAGCAGACGUAGACUGUUUGACCACAAAACUCAGUGAGUCAAGUAUAGAGAGCUCUGGUGGUCCGCCUCCUCUUCAAAAAGAAACAGUUCCAAGAAAACAAGCUUCAUCACUUUGA